UUGUCUAUAUUGCCUGUACACAUCAUGACACAGAAUUCCAUGAAGCACACUCAAAGGACGAGUUAAACCAUAUGAUGAAGAUUAUUUUAAAAGAAAAAUGUGAUUAAUAGUCAUUGUAAUUUAAAGGCAAUAAGUCUGUGGAGGUAACUCAGUUACUGUGGGAAAAUAUAUAAUAAAUAUCGUUUUUAUUUGUUUGCUUUGUAUGACAGAAAAUUCUAAAAUAAAUCAAAUUGCAUAUGGCAACUAUUCACUUUUUAACACAUCAUACAUGAGAUUUCAUGAAGAAAAAAUACAGAGAAUACAAAGCAUGACUGUCCAAUAAAUAUCUCAUAUCUGGUUUCCCACAGACACUUGUCGACCAACAGCCCAAAACUUGUCUGUGCUCACACAGCUAGUCAAUCAAACGGAAAACAUCCGCCUUACGGAAGCCGUCAAAAAAAGGAAGAAGCAAGAGUGACAAAAGUGCAAACCACAAUCCACCCAGUACUCGUGGACACAACCCGCUGGAACAUUAUACAAACAUCCACUGGAGUACCCUUGUUUCCCUGUAUCCCGACACCGAAGACUGCCGCAAUAAUACUUAAACAAAAUGGCAGCUUGGGAUGUGUCCAUUGUGGUGGAAGAGCUGGGACCCGACGCCCUGCCUGUCAACCUGAGUGUGACCUCUGACCUCCAUGUAGGAGGCGUCAUUGUCAAGUUAGUGGAAAAAACACAAAUGAGCCUGGACUGGUCAGAUCAUGCUCUUUGGUGGGAGCAGAAACAGCAGUGGCUCUUGAGAACGUCGUGGACUCUGGAUAAAUAUGGCAUCCAUGCUGAUGCUCGGCUGAUAUUCAUGCCCCAGCACAAGCCCCUGAGACUGGGCCUGCCCAACGGCAUCACCCUGAGGCUCCGUGCUUGCUUCUCCAACCCUGUUUUCCAAACUGUGAUGGGCAUUUGCAGACUCCUAGACAUCCGUCAUCCAGAGGAGCUUUCUCUGCUUCGACCUGUUGAGGAGAAAAAGAAGAAGAAAGACAAAGAUCCAUCAGAGGAGAUUUACGACUUGACUCAAGUCCCUCUCUCUGCCGCAUCGCACUCCAGCAUGUACAACGGUGUGCCGCAGCACUUUGUUGGCUCCGAACAAAUGCAGUGUAUCUACAAGAUGCUGUCAGUGACCCAGCAGCCACCCGCGCCAGAGCUUCUGCAAAAACAGUAUCGUCCAGCAAGUGUAGUGGACAAGGCCCACAUUAACGGCAGGUGGUUGGAUUCGUCGCGUAGUCUCAUGCAGCAGGGAGUCCAAGAAAAUGAUCGACUCUGGCUUCGCUUCAAAUACUUUACCUUCUACGACAUUGAGCCCAAGUCUGAUGUGGUGCGUCUGACCCAGCUGUACGAGCAGGCGCGCUGGGCCAUCCUGCUGGAGGACAUUGACUGCACCGAGGAAGAGAUGAUGCUCUUCGGUGCUUUACAGUACCACAUCAGUAAAGUGGCCCAGAGUGAAGCGUUAACUCAGAGCACCAAUGCUGCCAUGGAUGACCUGGAGUCUGCGCUACAAUCCCUGGAGGUCAAGAUGGAAGGAGAAAGUGAGUCAGCGACAGAGAUGCUGGACAUCAUGACAGCACCUGAACUCAGUGACUACUUGAAGAUGUUCAGGCCAAAAAGGCUGACCCUGAGAGGGUACAAGCAGUACUGGUUUAAGUUCCAGGACACUUCAAUCUCUUACUACAAGAGCAAAGAGGAGAGUGUCGGAGAACCCAUUCAGCAGAUUAAUCUUAAAGGAUGUGAAGUUGCACCAGACGUCAACUUGUCGGCCCAGAAGUUCCUCAUCAGGCUCCUGAUCCCAGCGCCCGAAGGCAUGAAUGAAGUCUAUCUUCGCUGUGAAAACGAGCAGCAGUACGCUCGGUGGAUGGCUGCCUGUCGGACCGCUUCUAAAGGCAAGACUUUGGCCGACAGCAGUUUUCAGAGUGAGAUCCAAAACAUCCAGUCGUUUUUGGAGAUGCAGAAGAGCACUUCUGGUUCCCAUGGCAGCCCUUCCAUGACUGAUGAGGCCAUCAAUACUUACAGCGUGGUGUCCCCCCGUUACCACAAGAAGUACAAAAUCAAGCAGCUGACCCCUCGUAUCCUGGACGCCUACCAGAAUGUGGCUCAGCUCUCUCUCACAGAAGCAGUCAUGCGAUUCCUGCAGAUCUGGCAAGCCCUGCCAGACUUCGGCCUCUCAUACGUGGUGGUCAGGUUCAAAGGGAGUCGGAAAGAUGAAGUCCUGGGAAUUGCCCCCAAUCGUCUGAUUCGCAUCGACCUGAGUGUGGGAGAUGUGGUGAAGACUUGGCGCUAUAACAACAUGAAGCAGUGGAACGUCAACUGGGACAUACGACAGGUGGCCAUCGAGUUUGAAGGGAACAUCAACAUCGCCUUCGGUUGUGUAACGGCCGACUGCAAAAUUGUGCACGAGUUUAUUGGGGGUUACAUUUUCAUGUUGACACGCAGCCGUACGAAGAGCGACAAACUGGACGAGGAGCUUUUUCACAAGCUGACCGGUGGACACGACGCUCUCUAACGGAUGUUUCUGUUCAUUGCAUCAUGUUUCUUCGGUGGAGCAAAAUCUGCCAAGGUCUUUUUCAUUUUGUAGUUCAAGGAACUUUUAUUUACCGAUAUUGUAUUCAAUAUCUCUGAAGUCUGUAAUGUUUAAACAAAUGACAUAAUUCUUUUAGUUACAUUUAACACCACAUUACCACUUACUGAAAGUAAGAGAAGAACCCAAGUUCCCCAAAAUGUUUGAGACUAGUUAAUACCAAGAAAAAAAAUGAAAUAAGUUUAAGUAAACGUAAUGAUGGGCAAAACGUUUGAAAACAGGGAUGAUAAGAAACAGAAGUUUUCAAUUAGAACUAAGUUUAAGUAUUCGUGGGCCAAAAAUGUGCUAAAAGACACUAAGCUAAAUUGAAAUAGGAGUUAUUUGUGAUUUAUUUCAUCACUGAACCAGUAAAAUGACCUGAAACCAGUAUUUAACGAGAGCAACUGUUGUAAACAGGCCAUACAUGUCGAACUACAAACGCAAAUUUGGUGUUUGAAUUUACACACAAGAAGACUCUGAUGUGGAAAAACGUAGAUUUCAUUUAAAGAAAAAUAUAUUUGGAGUUUUAUUUUUGUCCAGCAGGGGGCGCACAACACAUGCAAAGUUUUAAAAUGAAAUGUAAUAGAAAUUGAAAAUAAAAGAUGGAGAAAAGAUUCAAGAAAUGAGAUAAAUUUAUGACACAAAUAUGAUGAACUCAAACCAACUUUAUUCAAAACAGCUUUUAGCUACAAAUUGGCGAAACAAACAGACAAGCUGGUGUCAGUGUGGAUAAAACUGUCAGACAUCUUAAGCGUUUUGCUUGAAUGCUUCAGUGUUUUUUAAGAAUGUCACAUCAGCCAUGUCUUGUCUUUGUCCCAGUAAGAGCACACAUGAACACGAUUUAAGUCACUCGUCUGUUACAGUGUUGAUUCAAAUAAAUGAGAAACUUAUUGCGAAAAUAGUUGUUUUGUAAUGUUGCACUUCAU